AUGCUUCGACAAACUCUAGCAAAACCCUUGGGGGGCUUGCCCAGUAGUAUCAUAACAAGGACAGCAGCCACCAGCCCCACAACAACAGCAGCAACAGCUGAGACGUCUCGAAAUAAAAUUGAUGAAAUUCGUGAACGUCUUGCCAAGGGACCAAAUUUUGGUGAUUUUGUACAAAAUCCAGAAUUAAGUCACGAGGAAUGGUCACAAUUUGAGGGUAAAUUGCGUCGUGACAAAGGUGAAAAUGAACGUUUGCGUUUGCCACCCUGGCUAAAGACACCCAUACCGGUGGGUAAGAAUUUCGCCAAAAUCAAAGCCCAGCUGAGGGAAUUGAAAUUGGCGACAGUAUGUGAGGAGGCACGUUGUCCCAAUAUUGGUGAAUGUUGGGGUGGCGGUGAGCAUGGUACACAGACAGCCACCAUAAUGCUAAUGGGUGAUACAUGUACGCGUGGUUGUCGUUUUUGUUCGGUGAAAACGGCACGCAAUCCACCACCAUUGGAUGCCUUGGAGCCGGUCAAUGUGGCCAAGGCUGUGGCCUCGUGGGGUUUGGAUUAUAUUGUGUUGACAUCCGUUGAUCGAGAUGAUUUACCUGAUGGCGGUUCCAAACACAUUGCCGAAACCGUUAGAGAAAUUAAACAAAGAAAUCCCAAUAUAUUUGUUGAAUGUUUGGUACCCGAUUUCCGUGGUGAUUUGCAGUGUGUCGAAACAAUUGCCAAAUCGGGUUUGGAUGUCUAUGCCCAUAAUAUCGAAACGGUGGAAAAGUUAACACCCUUUGUACGGGAUCGACGUGCCGAUUAUCGUCAAACUUUGAAAGUUUUAACCGAAGCGAAAAAAUUCAAUCCUAAACUGUUGACAAAAAGUUCAAUUAUGUUGGGUCUGGGCGAAACCGAUCAAGAAGUUGAACAAACAAUGCGCGAUUUACGUGAGGCCGAUGUCGAUUGCCUAACACUGGGCCAAUAUAUGCAACCGACCAAGAAACAUUUGAAAGUUAUCGAAUAUGUUACCCCGGAAAAAUUUAAAUCAUGGGAAUUGCGUGGCAAAGAAUUGGGUUUCUUGUAUACUGCAAGUGGUCCAUUGGUGCGUAGCUCAUAUAAGGCGGGUGAAUUUCUAAUAACAAGUAUAUUGAAAACACGACAAGAUCAACAGCAGCAGCAGCAGGCGACGAAGGAAAAGUAA